AUGUGGAUACGGGCAAUACUGGUAGCUGUGCUGGUGUGUCUCCUGAUUCUACACUUUCUGAAAGGGCUUCAAAUACAGAAGAAAUACCCUCCUGGGCCUCCUCUAUAUGUAAUAGCUGCAAAGUUUAUACAGGACGGAUUCAGAGUUCAUCCUGACAUGUUCGCUGAGGUAGCAAAGGACUGUGGAAGCAUUUAUACUAUACACGGAGUGACUAUACCUGUGGUAAUAGUGUCUGGAUUCCAAGCCAUUAAAGAAGUGCUAAUAAUGCACUCAGAAGAAUUCUCUGGGAGACCGACCACCCCUUACUAUCAAGCUGUAGCACCAGAAAAGGGUAUUGUACUCUCAAAUGGUCACACCUGGAAGCAGCAGAGGAAGUUUGGGAUAGUUACCAUGCGGAAGCUGGGAAUGGGAAAGAAGGGUGUGGAGAACCAAAUACAAGAUGAGGCCCAUCAACUUAUGGAGACUUUUGCAUGUGCAAAGGGGCAGCCAUUUGACCCUUCGUUACCCAUCCUUACUUCAGUCUGCAAUGUGAUCUGUGCUCUGGUUUUUGGACAUCGGUAUUCUGUUGAUGAUGAACAAUUCAUCAAGCUGAUGAAAGCUGUUGACUAUGGCAAUAAAUUUGGAGGUACCUUCUUUCAUCUUCUAUAUGAAGCGGUCCCGUGGCUCAUGAAACAUAUCAAAUGGCCAUACAAGGAGGCAUUUGCUGCUGUAGAUUAUGUGCUUUCACAUAUAAGGAAAGAAACAGAAGUGCAUAGGGCACAACUGGCAGUGCAUGAUCCACGGGAUUUCAUUGACUACUAUGUACUUCAGAUGGAGAAAAGCAAGAAUGACCCCACUUCAACAUUUGAUGAUUCCAACCUAUUUUAUUCUGUCUUCGACUUAAUUGUUGCUGGAACAGAGACAACCGGAGCUACUCUGCAAUGGGGACUGCUUAUCCUGAUGACUCAUCCAGAUAUCCAAGAAAAAGUCCAGAAGGAGAUAGAGGAUACCUUUGGUUCUACCCAAGUAAUCAACUAUCAAGAUCGGAAGAAAUUGUCCUACACUCUUGCUGUCAUUCAAGAGAUCCAGCGUUUCAAAUGUAUCUUAUUAACCGGGAAUCCAAGACUAUCCUUGCAGGACGUGACUGUUCUUGGUUCUUUCAUUCCUAAGGGUAGCAUCAUUGUUCCAGAUGUACACUCAGUUCUUUAUGAUUCCAAGAUAUGGGAGACCCCACGAAAGUUCAACCCAAAUCAUUUUUUGGACAAAGAUGGGAAAUUCAUGGAAAGAGAAGAAUUGUUGAUCUUUGGUGCAGGAGCCCGUGUGUGUCUGGGGAAAGAGAUGGCAAAGAUGGAGCUCUUCAUCUUCCUCACCAGCCUGUUGAGAGCAUUCACCUUCAAGCUGCCAGAAGGAGUGACAGAAGUCAACUCAGAGCCUACAAAUGGCCUGGUGUUGUCUCCACAACAUUAUAAGCUCUGUGCUGUUCCCCGGGUUCAUUGA